AUGUUUAUUCAAUAUCUGGCUCUCAUCCUCCUGCAGCUCCACCUAAGCCUUGGCGCGUACGUGCAAUUCAUCAAUUGCGACGACUUUCAAGAUUCAACAUCGUGGACCUCGGCAUCUUCACUGGACGUUUCCUUCCAGCGCAGCGACUCAACGUCGCAGUUGGUUUUGCAUUUACUUGAUUUCGAGAAGCCCCAGGAAUGCAUUGCCAACCCCGAAAUAGGAGCCGCGACGCUGGUUAUCACGCCUCUUGGGGGUUCGACACGGUCAUACGCACCCGCCAUAGCGGGGCCUUGCGCUGCCAGCAAUUCCUCCGCAAGUAGCCAAAUCCCCGGACAUGACUAUUCGGCAUUUGCUCUAUCCCAAGACGUUGGGAACAUCCACUCGUUGAGCACCAUCCAUCUCGAACUCCGUCUGCUCUCAAUUAAUGCGACCGAAGUCGCCUGCGUUUCGGCUUUUGUUACUCCCGAAAUUCCCCGUAGCCUGACCGAUGCGUUGAGGUACGGCCCGAUCGCGCUUCUCGUUGCGGUCCUCGCGAUGAACUACUGCCAACAGCAUUUCUACAUACGAAGUGGGCUGGGUGGCGUUCGUGAAGCAUGGUUGAUGGAUAUGAACAGACCGUUGGUCGACGGCGUCGGGGACCUGCUCCAACACCUCCAAUUUGCCUUUCUGACGGGAUGUUUGAGCCUGGAGUAUCCCGGCUUUUUCCAGCCUGUGGUCAGCUCGUUGAAUUGGUAUUCCAUUUUCAGCAGUUCGAAUGCAUUUUUGGGCGGUUUCGCUUAUACUGGCGUCAGCGACGGGAUCUUUGUGACAAACGGCACAUACGGCGGGACUUCCGGUAUGGAACAUAUGAUCCAGAUCCUUGGUGCGCCAAUGGCGAUGGAAAUCUGGAUUAAUAUGACGAUCAUCACGCUGCUGUUGAUCGCUGUAGCUGCAGCGUUAUUCCUAUUUCACCGGCUUUAUCAGCGAUUACGUGGUAUAGCUGGGAAAUGGGAAUUCGGCGCAGUGCAGCAGUUGAUCCAAGAGUCUUUGAGAAUGGUCUUGACAUACUUCAUACAACCGAUUAUCGCCAUCUCAACAUAUCAGCUUGAUAGCAUUGGCCUGCUGCCUACAUACCUGAUAUCUCUGGCCGUCCUACUGGUCGUGAUCGCGUCUGCAGCAUACAUCUGGCUAUUUCAGCAAACCCCAACUGAAGGAUUAGCCGCACUCAUUGUCAACAUGCCAGAAUGUUCUGGAGGAAGUCAGGCCAAGCAGCGAAGCGUACGCGCUUUAGUUCUGGUACAUUUCAUCCUGAACUUCUUCCGGGGCGUUGCGAUUGGUGCACUGCAGAUAUCAACUAAUGCGCAGCUUGCGAUCCUCAUUCUCUGCGAAGCAAUUCUGAUUGCCUCGGUUCUGUGUUUCAUCCCGACCCUUUGGCAUUCACGACUUGUCGUGUGCGCAGUGGGCAGGUUGAUUGUCUUAUUACUUAUGAUUGCUUUUAUCGCGCCGUCAACCUCACUAACAUCCAAGACUCUGGUGGCUUAUGCGAUACUGGUGCUCGAGCUUGUCAUCUUGUUCACAGCAAUUCUGAUACCUCGAGUAUGCAGGUUCAUAUCUUUUUGGUUGCAUCACGAUUCCUCGAAGCAGACUCCGGUCUAUAACCUCCGCCAGCUCCGCCGUCGUUCUCAACACUUUAAGCAACUUCCGCAAAGGCCUGUUCACGGAGAUUCGAAUCUUGUUUGCGUGAACUGUGGCUUGGAUCCAACAGUCCGAUCUGAUAGUCCCAGUACGCUGAAUCUGGAUAUUGCAAGCACACGAUCUCGCUCCUCGCGUCAUACAAAGCCAAGUACGCGUGCCACGCUAUAUCCUACGCAAAUCUUGUCUCCGGAACUAUCGCCUUCUCGUCCCAGCUUUUCCACCUGUGACAAGGGAGAUCAGUCAGACUCUGGCACAGAUCCAAGUUCUUCUGACGCUUCAAAACGACAACGGGUGGUCUCUGGGAGUUCGUAUACAUCGGUCCCAUCGUCUGAACCCACCAUAGCGGCGGAUGUGGACUAUACAGUCCGCGAAAUCGAUUUCUACUAUGGCAAGCCACGGCAAGUCGAUUUUGGAUAG